UUUUUUUCAUUUCUCUUUAAGUGGAAAAUAUAGGAAGAAUUUACGUUGUCAAUUUUCUGAGAUUGUUAAAAUAGGAAUCGGAAUCGGUAUCAGAAAAUUGUAAACCAGAAUGAGUAAUGGACGUGUGCGUGCGCGCCGUAGUUCCAUAAUCUCAUCAUUGUAUUAAGCAGAGGUGAAUACUGCACGAGUUACGAAAAGCACGCUACCUCCGGCCAAUUGGCAGAACUUCCAUUAACUCGUUCAAUCAAAUAUAGCGAAACACACAUAAAUAAAAUAAUAUAAUUUCACAACAACAUACAUCAAAGAAACCAAAGCAACAACAAACAUAUCCAUCCGAUUGCAAUUUUAAUAAAAUUUAAGGCGUAAAUAAAUGCAUACGCAGAUAAUAAAUUAAAUUAUUUACGGUAGUAAAAAUUCUAUUAUAAUGCAAAGUAUACAUACUUUUGUAAGUUAUUAAUCAUAUAAUACAAAUUUCUAACUUGCUACAAAGUUCAAAAGUAUUAUUCACUCUGUAUAAAAUAAGUAGCCGUCCUACAAUUUAGGCACUACGUAAGCAUUUAAUAAAGGAAGAAUGGAUUGGGUUAUUCAUGACGAACUCGGCAUCACUGUCGGUCAUGUGGCUAGUGGAGCCGCAGCAUCUGCUAUGGUAAUUGGCGGUGUUAUACCUUACGUACCGCAAUAUUUGGAAAUAAAGAAAACACAAGAUGCAGACGGAUUUUCGCUUCACGUUUGUCUUGCGCUAUUGAUUGCAAAUUCCUUAAGGAUAUUUUUCUGGUUUUCCAAGCAAUAUGAGCUUCCGCUUCUGGUUCAAAGUGUUGUGAUGAACAUUACUAUGUUCCUAAUGAUCCAUUUAUGCGUUAAAGUGAAACGAAUGAAUGCAUCAAAUAGAGAACUUACUUUUUCGGCCGAUGAUCUGCGUCUACCAAAAGUAACGACCGACACUGAUACUGCUGGUUCAGUUUCCACAGAUGCCGGCGUUUUGAAACGUGUUCGCUCGAGACACUAUUUAAAUGAUCUCGAUUACAAAUAUUUUUGGAAUUGGAGCGAUUUUCAAUCGUAUUUAGACUUUAUGCUUGUUGUUUGGGCAAUUGGGGCAGCUAUCACAUAUCUAAUGUUAUCAAUUACGUGGUUUAUGGAGGCGGUUGGCUUUUGUGCAGUUUUCACAGAGGCUAUGUUAGGAGCGCCACAAUUUCUACGAAACUUCAAGAACAAAUCAACUUAUGGAAUGAGCAUCCAAAUGGUCAUCAUGUGGACGCUAGGUGAUAUGUUUAAGACUGGCUACUUUAUUGUUAGGGAAUCUCCAACACAAUUUUGGAUUUGUGGAAUGCUUCAGGUUAGCUUAGAUAUUGCAAUUCUUUUACAAGUGUGGUUCUAUAGGAAGAAUACCAAGGCACGAGAUAUGCGUCGCGGAGAUUAGCAGUUUGCCCCCGAAGAACAACCGCAACAAACACAAAACAAUCCACAUGAUAUUCACACUCAAACCAAUACCACGGACGUUAAUCAAUCUCUUGCUAUAAGCCCUACAAGUAGCGGAGAUGACCAUCUGCUGACCGCAAAUGCAGAUAAUGAACAUUUUAACGAUUAUGAAAAUAACGCAUAUAAAAAAUAUCAUGAUAACAGAGCCUUCCAAUAUCACCAUAAUAACAAUACACUUUCGAAACUAAAAGGGUUAUCCAAUGUCAUGCCAACUGACGAAAACUGCGCAUUAGAUACCGUGGUAAUUGUCAAAAAUUCCAAUGGCAUAUUAAGAAACUCAUCCAGUCGAUCGAAAUCUGAUUUUCCAAUUGAUAUGGUGUCAGUGACCGCGGAACCUAAUGGGAGAGCACGUCGCAGAUGUCGAUGUCAACACAAUGAUGUAGUGCGGCAGCGUCAUAACGCUACACAAACACCAGGCUCUUUAGUAAACUGCAAUCAAUUGAUAAAUUGUCACAGUCAUAGCGCAUCAAUUAAUUGUUGUGGAAAUAGAAAAUCUACUGACUGUUGCAGCCUAAUUAGUGGUGAUUUAAAAUCCGGUGAAAUGACUUCUCACUGCCACAUCACACAUCAUUGUCACCAUUUUUCUCCGGGUAGUGGUAGGGACGGAGAGAAACGCAGGAAGAAGCAUUGUGGGUGUAAUAAUCGACAUCAUCAUUCUCACCAUCAUAGACACCGACAUCACCACUAUCGUUACUUGCAAUCGGAAUAUCAGCAACAGGAUAAACCCUUCCGCCAACUUCCAGGUUAUAACAGUAAGUCUUCCUUUGAUUCCAGUGAUGAUCUACAACAAUCUGGCCUUGAAAAUCCGCAAGAACGCUUGCAAGAGAUUGCAAUUGAAAUUGAUGCAGCCACAUUGACUGAAGAUAACACAAGCACUGCCACCUCAAAUUUUGCGUAUAAAAUGGCGAAGGCUAACAUAGCGCCCAUAAUAAUGGCACCAAUACACGAUAACGAUGAGGAUGACAAAAAACAACGCAGAAAAUAUUAUGGUCAUCGAUGUGAUUCCAUGAACUCAAGCAGCGCAGGGGAAACUGAUGAAUUGUCUUAUAGAAUUUCCGGUGUGAAACAUAAGAAGACAGAUUGCGAUAACACUACAAUUUGGACUGAAUCUAAGACCUACAGACAUGAAAACACUAUUACGCCACACUUAUCAAACUGUAAGGACUCCCAGUGUCGGGCCAAGAGCAGAGCGGCUAACAAACUCAAUGCGGCGUAUAACGAAUGUGUUAGAAUUCAGCGUAAACAAUUCAAGGCGAGUGGCGCAGAUGAAUGUUGCAGCACUUGUUCACAUUGUUCAGAUUGUUCCUGCCAGAAUGCAGAUGCCACUAGUUGCAGUAGUUUCGAUGAAUUGGAUGCAGACGACCAUGAUGAGGAACGACGGAUCGCACCCCAUGAGUUAGUGGUGUCAGCAGAAUGUCAUCGCUGUAAUUUUCACCAUGCAUCUACAACGUCAACUGGAGAUGAAGCUGAAGAGGAGGAAGACGGUGGUGCAGAUGAUAAACUGACCGCGAAAACUGCCAAGCAUUCGGAACGAUCCAUGCAGGAUAAUACUACGGAUAGUUCUGCGCAUACGAGUCGAAGAAGCAGUGCAAGUUUUUGCUCCUGUCAUUCGAGUAAUUGUUAUUGUUGUGAAUGUAAUUGCGCAGCUGUUGUUGAGGAUGACUGCGACUCAACAACUGGUCAGAUGCUUACCGCAAGGGACCAACCCUGUACAGCUUUAACAUCGACUGCCGAAUUUGAUGCAGAACACUCAAGUACACUAACACCAUUAACAAAUGCAUCAUCUGCUGUGUCAACGCCUGGUGCGGAAGACGCUGAUGUGACGCUACGCAGUUUAACCAACACUUUAGCCGAGGACAUUUGCUCCUCUCCGAGCCAAUCUGCAGAAUAUUUCUCACUCUCUUCCAACAAUCAGCAAAGCCAUUUUUCUCCUACAGAAACUCCUACUCAUAGACCAAUAAAGACACCAAGCGAAAGCACUACAGCCGGAACCUUAUCUAAAUGUAAUUUAGAUAAAUCGGUUGAUUCAGGAGAACUUGGCAAAAAAACAUGUAAACACUACACCAAACAUCAUCGCCAUAAACGACCGACUUCUCCCAUGGACUGCUACUUAUGACGAAGUGUUUCGCUGGUCGCGUGGCCAGCGAUCGAUGUGAACUCGCUACUACAGCAGACUAUAAGAAAGACGGCUGUUCUACACGAGCCGCCAACGGCGCGACUAACAGAAACACAAGUGUCGGAACUGCAACACCAAAAGGGUAUAAGACAUGGAAGCAAUGAUAGUUCCUCGGCCACAUUGACCCCAUCAAUUACAACAAUUAUCAAAUACCCACCUAUGAACAGUGCAGACGGUAGUUCUACAGCAUCAGCCACACCACAGCAGAUAUCACUGCAAUCGCUUAACGCUGUCUCAACUGUCACGGCCAUUUGUGGCACUAACGGCGCCGCUGUGGUAACUACCGCGUCAGCACCUAGUAGUGGUCGAGUGAAACGUACUUCCAAAUUUUCACCUGCUUCUACAGAGGCAUUCAACUGUGAUCCUAUACUUUUUGGUCAGGAACGCCGAUCAACCGAAAUUAUCUUAUAGCCAUGUGGCAAGAAUGGGGGAUACAAACCAAGAACUAACGCCUAGAGUGCCAUACUUAUCUGAAGUUACGCGGUCUGAAAAGAUUAGGUCUCGGCUGACUCUAUUAAGUAUUUAAGACUUGCGUGAGUGUAGGAAAGCUGACGUUUUCCUCAUUUUAUUGUGUGAAUUGGACUCUUGUUUCCAGAGUUUGUGAAACUAGAAAAUUAUUUUCGUUGUUUCUCGGGGGUUCAACUGUAAUUUAUUUAAAUUAAGUAACUAUGUAUUUGUAAAUUAAUGUAAAAUAUAUUUAGAAUGUAUUAAAAUAGCUCUUUUGAUAAAAUUUAGUUUUAGAUUUAAAAUAAGUGUUAUACAUUCUAAUAAAAAUUUACAACUUACAUUGAAAUAUUUUUUCCUCAUUUAAAGCAUUGAUACAUAUAUGUUUAAUUUCGAGGUAUAAGAUAAAUUCGUAUAGUUUGCAUUGCAAGCAUUUUUAUUUUGAAAUCAAAAUCGAAAUACCAUUACAGCUAAUUUUUGAAAUUGGUAAUAUAUUUACGCAAGUACUUUUUCUGACUUGCUCGUCAUUAUUUCUUUUUUAUGUGUACACGUGUAUCCCUAACUCUGUGCGAAUAACUUUUGUAGAAAGAUGCAAUUUACAUACUUUAAUAGUAGCAUUAAAUUUAGUCAAAUUUUUUAGGUAAAUUUUAAGCAGUAUUUAUUGUAUAUUUAUGCAUAUGCGAGUACUAGCAUUACGUUACAUACAGUUUGAAAAAGUUAUUGUUUAAGAAUUCUGCUCUAUAUUACAAAUUCAUAUUUCAUUUGAUAUGUUCCUUAAACAAGAAACUCAGCUUCAAACCAAUCAGUUGAAUAUUUACUCUUAAAAUACUCUUCCACAAUUCGUUAACUGGAAAUUCCUCAUCAAAAGUAAUUUGAACGAUAAAAGUAUCCAUAGUUUUUAUGAAAGUUUGCUUAAAGAAAGCAGUUACAACAUGCAUUUAAUUAAAUGUAGAACCAUUAAAAAAGUACAGAAACACAUUGAGAAUUACAUAAAAUCAGAAACAAGAAACUGGUUCAUAUAUAUGAAAGAUCAAAUACUAGCACAAAUUGUUAAAUAGUACGUAAACAUGUAUUAACAUACAUACGCAUGCCGUAGUGACUUUCAUUCUUUAUUCUUAUCCAGAGAAUGUUUGACACCAAUUUUUUUACAUUCUUCGGAUUGAUAAUUAUUUAGAAAGGUAAAUUAGCAUAAGAAUAUUUCUAUGCGGACAUAAUUAUAAUUGUGUGCACACUUGAGGGAUCCCAUAACUUCUUAACUUAUGAAGAAAAAUAGUAAAUUAGUUGAAAUUAAAGAAAUAUAGUAUAUGAAUUGACCAAAUAUUAUUUGGUGCGAUGGUGUCGUGUUAUUUUUGUUAACUAAGAUGCAGUUCCAUACAAGUAAAAAUUUAUAAAAGUUUAUAUUAGCAAUAUUUUAGCUAUAUACAUCUACAACUAUAUACCCAAAAUCGUUGAUUUAUAAGAAUACAAAACAUUUGUGGACAUAAAAAUAUAAACACUAAAUAUACUCACAUUUACACAUACUUGUAGAUAUACAUAUAUAUGGUAGAAAUUUUGAAAACACGUAAAACUAAUUGUAACAGUUCAAAGCAAUACAUAGCGUGCUUAGGAGGAAAUAUCGACAUUAAUUCUUGUGAUUUCUCAAAAAAUUUACGCGUGUGUUAGCAGGUAUACUCAAUGCAAAAUAUUCGAUUCCUGAUUCCAUAAAAAAUUAGAAAAAUGAAAACCAAUUACGUACUUUAUAUACUUACAUACAUUAAUUAAAUUCUUAACCGUAGAUGCGUAGCUCUUUUUCAAACACUUUAUAAUGUACAAAUAUGGGAAGAAUAUCAGUAGCCUAUAUACCUACAUAUGUAUAUGUAGCUUCCUGGAAAGAAAUAAAAGUAAAACAAGUAUAUUAAAAUA